GUCGCAUGUCUGGAUCAUUAAUUAUAUUUUAUCAACAGUCUGUAAAUCGUAGCACAUACUCAGACAUAUUCUGUAGUACUUCACACAAUGAACACGGAUAGGAGCAACAGACGAGGCAACAGGCAAUCCACACUGACUGAUAGCUCGUAUCACAUCUACUGCAUUAACUUCUACGACAAUGGGCUGAAUGCGCUUCGGGACGAGUUUAUAAGCCGAAUCAAGUGCGGUCUGCGUCGACCCCUUUUCGUUAUAGAUGUGGAGAGCGAGGUGCAGCUGGCCAUGCAGCAGAACGAUCUGCGUAUGUCAAAGGCCUAUGCCAAGAGGUCGGUAGUGGCAAAUGAACUAAAGUCCACGGAUCCCCUCACCAUUACCCUGCAACGAAUCCGGGAGAGUGUGGCCGAGUACGAUAGUAUCAGCAGGAAUAUCGAGAAGGAGCUGAACUUCGAUCUCUACGAGUAUUGGCAAAAGAACUAUCCGGCCGAGCUGAAGAAUAUUUCGAAGGAGCCCAAGAAGGCACGCAAGCCGAAGAAUGGACUGGACACCAUGCGCACCACCGCCACUACCUCCGUGAAGACAGCCAAAUCCAAGACCGACAAGGGAUCUGGCGAAAGCCCGAAAAUGGAAAAACUUGAGUGCGUGUCUCUGACGGCCAAGGACCACCACAAAGUUGGCAAGGGGCAGCCGCUGUCCAAGCGCAUUUACAUCAAGGAUAACCCUCUGACGACGAAGAUAAUGAUCCUGGUCAUUGGCAACUUGGACAAUGAUUUCUACAAGACUCUGCUGGCCAACCAUCAGCCACUUCGAGCAAUAAUUCACUUCCUGCCCGAGGAGUGCGCGUACGAUUUGCUGGUGCCGCGUCCGCGACGUGAGAGGUAUCUGCAGGAAACCAUUGCCAACAUCCAGACGGACAUUCACUCGCUGCGCAAGAGAACGGCCACCAAGUCCGUGGGCAUAUUCCAACAGAAGCUGCCACAGAUGUCCGCCUGCCUGGCCACGAAAUUCACCGACGAUAUCUUCAAUCAGCUGAGCUGGUUCGUGUACGAUGUGGAGACGCUGAGGGAGCAGUACAUAUCGUACUACCUAGCGCCCUACCAGGAGACCAAUGUGAAGAUGAGCCCGGACGCCAGCAUGCAGGACAGCUUCCACAUGGCCGAGUCGCUCAGCAUUCAGGGGCACUACCUGAAGGCCCAGAUGCCAGCAGCCAGGUCUGACGUUGGGUCCAUCUACCUGUACGUUGAGUCCCUAAUGAGCAUAUUCGGCCAUCCCCGGGAGCUGAUGACCGAGGUGGAGGUCCUUCUGCUGGCAAACCCCACCUCUGCGGCGCAGACACGGAUGCUUGACAAGGUCAAGGUCUAUGCGAACGCCUUCAAGAGCAUUGUGAAGCUGUCCAAGAACGAGCGACUGUUCGUGGAGCAGGGCAAUUCUCUGCUGAGCAGCAUGCUCUCCUACAUGGAUCAGUCGUUGAUGAGCAAUGUCUACCACGGCUGUCUGGAGUACAACCUGAUGCGACGCUACUUCACCACUGGCUACAUCACCGAAUCCCUUCCGUACUGCCCCUACAACGGGGAGUUGGAGCCCAUCUUCCUGCCGAAGUAUGCCCAGCUCUACCUCACGGACGAUGCGGUGACGCAGCGCGUCAUAGAGCUGGUCAACGACUACGACGACUUCACCGUGGACGAAGUCUUCCCCAGUGUGAAGCUCUACACCUUCCGGCGGGCUCUCAACGAGGUCUUCGAGCAGCAGAAGCAGACUGUGCUCCCCACGCGCCUGUGCUUCAGGGACUUCACCCUCUUUGAGAUGGAGCAGUUCCUGAAGGACCUGGUGACCCCCCAGAUGUUCGAUGAGGCCAUGGAGCAAAACGAGAAUUUGGUUAUGGCCCACAGCAUUGCCACCAUGCACGGCAUGGAGCAGGAGCCCAUGACCAUUAGGUGCAAGGAGGGUCAGCGUCUCACCAUCGAUCCAAAACUCUUCGUUCGGCCCAAGUCCCUGAAGGCACAGAAAAUGGCCAACGACAAGGAGGAGCAGGCUCCAGCGACCGCAGCUAAUGCAGAAAGUGCGAGGAGCACAAACAAGAGUCUGCGGCUCGCCUCAAAGACUAGUCUUCUGCGCUACGGUUCCUCGCAACUGCACGCGAAGAUCAAUGUGACGGGGAACGAGCAACCAGAGGCGCCCUUCAUUGGACUGGGACCCAAUCAUCCCAUGCUCAAGGGAUACAACCUGGACGACACACAGCAGAAGAUCAAGUCCAAGACCUCCAAGUACUUCUUCGAGGAGGGUCGGGUCACGCUGUACGAGGAAAAGUGGAAUUUCCGGCAGAUGAACAAGUGCCUCUCGCUGGACCUCGACGGCCAGCAUGUGCACUUCAGGGACGCUGCCAGCGUUGUGGGUGCCACGGAUGCAAAUAUCCGCGUUGAGACGAAGAACGGAAUCAGCCUCAGGGUGCUGCUCUCGGAGGCGGAGUGUGCCAAGGCUGUGGUCAACUACCCAAACGGACUGAGCACCUACUGCCAUGACACGCAUGCCGAGCACCAGUGGUCCAUUCAGGAGAACGAGCUGGACGAGAGCCGGCGAAUCUGUACCCCCUACGGCUGCGUCAUUGUCUUCUACAACAACAGCUCCACAGUGCUGAUAAUGCGGUACAACGGAGAGGUUUAUCGCCUGUUCAGCCACACCGAAGCGGAGGUCGAGGAGGAGGAAGGCGUUUCGGAGUUCAUCAACGCCUGCUCCACCCAGUCCACCUUCAGCAGCUACCAUCCGCUUUCCAGCGCACCCAAGAAGAAGAAAGCUCGCGAUGGAAUCUCUUCGCUGAUUAGUCGCUCGUCGGGCGGCGCCGACACCAACCCCCGUUCCUCAAUGCAAAGCAACACCUCCAAGGGAUCCUCCGCAGCGCGCAAGCAGAAACUGGCCAAGACCAAGCAGGCGACAGCUCUGUUCGCCAGCAUCGACUUUGAGCUCAAGUACCUCAAGUUCAUCAUGGGCCUGUAUAGCCUCAGCUACAGGCAUCUCAAGCUGACCACCUCGAUGGGCAGUGUGGUGCACGUGCAGACGGACGGGAAGAUCUGGUGCGGGAAGCCCUUCAGGAACACCGAAUGGCACGACUACUAUGCCAACGAGUCGUAUGCGCUGCGGAAUGAUGGCGUCAAGACCGUAUGGACGAUAGCGGAAACGAGAUGCUACCACAGCGACGGCACGAUCAUCAGGACUGGCACCCUUGAGGGCUGGGACCCGGGCGUAAUGGUGGACGAGAUCGAUGCCGAGAUAAGUUCCAGUAGCUCGCAUCGCCCAGUAGUGCAGAGUAGACUCUCCCAGACGCCCGCCACCCUGUAUAUCAAUGCUCCGGAGGGUACGCCUUUCGAACCAUCUGGUCAGCUAUCGCAGAGCUCUCUGACCAGCGCUGUGGGCAUGGAAACAGAGGUGCGAAAGCCAAAGAGUAUGAGUGACUAUCUUGUAGAGGAGGAGGGAGAGGAAUUCUUCAUCCACGACAUGAGCUUCAUAACCUUCACUCCGGAUAGUUACUUCAUUCAGCACCAUCUCUAUGCCGGCAUCCACUUCACCUUCACACACAUCACGGACGUGGAUCUGAAGAUCGAGACAGAGCUCUAUAUGUCGGACAACCUCAAGGUUCGGUUGUACAAGGAGGGGCCGCCGGACGAAGAGCUGAAUCCACCUGAAGCGAAAAGGGUGUCUACCCUUGUGGAUGAGAAUGCAGAAAACCAAUUGUCUGCCUUUGAAGCAAGACAAUCCUCCGAGGCAGAUGCAGAUGAGUGGGUGAAGGGCAGAAAUCUGGCUCCCAUCAGUGCGGAGGGGUCGUUGGCAUCACCGCCGCGUCCGCCGCCGCCGCCUUUCGAAACCCCCAUGGUGGAUAUCGAAGGCAUCAACCUGAGCAUAACUGUCAACGAGAAGCAGGCCGUUCUCACGACUCGAUUGCGUAAGUUUGGCUGCGACGAGAAUGCCCUGAUCGUGCGUGAGGAUGUAACGCUGCAGGUGGACUUUGACAAAAAUCUGUCGACCACGUUUCGCACUUGGGUCGAAAUACUAACAAGGUUCAUCAACUGCUUCUGUCCCAAGUGGAGGACUGUAUACUUCCUGGAAUCCAGCUCGCCAGAGUGUAAAAGGAAGGGCUUUGAGCUGGUCAAAUCGAUUCCCCCCCUGGGCAAGUACAACUUCUGUGCGGGCAACUACUUCAUCGAUGUGAAUGAGCUAAUGUCGGUGAACAAACGUAUGAAAAACCAGUUGGAUUUUUAUGACAGCGAUAUGGCUAAAUUUCCACGUUUUCCACUCUAUAAGCGCGUGCCCCAACCCGUGGAAUUUCCCAUGGUUCUCAAUGCCAAGAUCUUUGUGGAGAUACCCGCACAGCUGGCCAACACGGAUCAGAUACAUCACUUCAUCAAUCCCUUUGACCGGAUCAAGUUCAGAAAGCUGCGGCAUCGCUUCAACGAGUCGGUUCUGUUCCAUCUGCAUCCGCGUCUGCGGCAAUUGGUGCAGCAGGAGAUCAGCAAACGCAGCUGGCGCAACCAUCACCAGGAGCAGCAGCGACGCAACUUCUCAGAGCAGCAGCGCCUGACCCUCUACAUGGCCAUGCUGAAGCACAAGGUGUAUCCAAAUUACUUCCAGUUCAAGGACCAGUUCUACUACCAUGUUCGCAACAUUGACUUCUUCGAGUUCAUGGCCGUCAAGUGCAGCGAGAAGGCCAAUCCCGAACACUACCAUGAGCACAUCGAGGAAACGGAGGAACCCGCUGCACCGAAGCCAGUCCCCGCCAAGAUGAAGAAGAAAUGCUUGUGCCCCAAGUACAUUAAGUCGAUGAUAUAACGAAUACGAGUAGGAGUACCAUGCCUACUACGCCUACACCAUUCCAAAUAAAGCUUCUUAUUACUAUGUGUUCAUUCAAA